AUGGGAAAUUCGAUUCUUCAUGAAAAUACAAGCCAUCAGUCGCUUUCAACUGGAAUUAUCGUUAGUAAUGCGACUCGAAAAUUGCGAUAUAUGGGAUCAAGCGGCUCAUUCAAAGGAGAUAGCGGUGGCAGCUGUUGGGAUGAAAACGGGAAACUGAUAGGAAUGCAAGUAGAGGCAGAACAAGUACCACACACGAACGAUGACAAAGGACGACCAGCAUCCCCUGCAUCAGGAGGUCGUUGCGGCAUUGUGGCGAUGCGUGAUAUUUUCGGGCACAUUCAGGACUGUGAUGUGGACUGGACAGAAUCGGACUGUGAUGUGGACUGGACAGGAUGA